AUGCCACCUAAGACCAAAAAGGAAAGGAUGAAAGCCGGAGCGCGGACGAAGAAAAGGAGUGCCGGCCCUGGUGUGGAGGCGGAAUCCGCUGGCGGGCUGGCAGCGCUGGAGAAGGAGCUGCUCCGAGGCCACCUCGCUCUGCGGAGGGGUGAGGCCCGGCGAGCCAGGGCUUCAGAAGACCAGCUGAGGCAGAGACUGCAAGGGCUGGAGGCUGAGCUGGAGGAGGCCCGAAGGGAAGGGAAGGCCGUCUAUGCAGAGAUGCGUCGCCAGUGCCAGGCGCUCAGGGCGGAAGUGGAGGCUGGCGGCAGGCAGCGGGAGGAAGAAGACAGAGGCCUUCGGGAGCAGCUCGAGAUGCGCCGGGCAGAGACUGCAGCUGCGCAGGGAGUGGCCAAGCAGGCCCUCAGGGAGCGGGACGAGACUCGGGCUCAGCUCCAGACCCACGUGUCAGAUGUGGAGGCCAAGUGUGAGGAAAUCUUACAGGGCAGCCUGGACCAGCUCCUGGCUAAGCUGAGAGCCCUUGAGCCUCGGUGGGGUGGCGUGGGGCUGAGACUCCACGCCAGGCACCAGGAGCAGCUCUGGCAGCUUGGACUCAACCCCCUGGACCUGUGCAAACAGCCUCCGGGGCCUCUGGAGCCCAGCAAGAAAGCCGCCUUGAUGUAG